UACCUGUGCAAAUUAAAAAAAUAAAAACCCGGCUAGCUGAUUAAGAAUCGGCGCAAUUAUAAGUGUACUUAUGCAAUAUUCCAUAAACCGAUAAAUCAGGAGAUCCACAUCCAUCGGACCUGUUUUCCGUGACGAUCAGUGAAAAUUGCUAAUCUCAAAAUGUUGUCUAUGCUUCCAAAACGUUUGUUCGCAUCGAUGCCGAAAAUUAGCUAUCAUCGAAGACUGGUAUCAUCCGCUACAGUAGAUAACCAGGUACAACUAAGCGAUUCCUGCAUAAGUCGAUUAAAGGAAAUUUGCCAAAAUGGUUCGUUCCUUCGGGUAUCCGUUGAAGGCGGAGGAUGUUCGGGGUUUCAGUACAAAUUUUCCAUUGAAAAACAACUUGGCGACGAUGAUACCGUGCUAGGUGAUGGCGGAGCUCGUGUGGCUAUCGAUAAUGUCUCUGUCGAAUAUUUGAGCGGUGCCACAAUCGACUACCACACGGAACUGAUACGAUCCGGCUUUCGCGUUAUCAACAAUCCAAAGGCGGAACAGGGCUGUUCCUGCGGAGCGUCCUUUGCGGUAAAGCUGGAUUAAUGAUCGAAUCGUUCGGCUGUGUCUGGCGUUGGCGGCAACAAUGUUUGACUAAAACGCUUUCUGUAGAAAUGAUAUAAACAUGUUCCAUAUUUAUUACAGUUGAAGUUUC